AUGGCGGCGGAGCAGACCGCGGAGCAGUUCCGGGGCCAGGCGCGGCUGCCCCACUUCGGGACCCCGCGCCGGUACGACCUGCGCCUCACGCCCGACCUCGCCGCCUGCGCCUUCGCCGGCUCUGUGGCGGUGUCCCUCGCCGUCGCCGCGCCCACCCGCUUCCUCGUGCUCAACGCCGCCGAGCUCCACGUCGCGCCCGCGGGCGUCAGCUUCGCGCCGCAGGGCUCCGACCAGGUGCUGCAACCUUUGGAGGUUACCAACGUGCCAGAAGAUGAGAUCCUGAUUAUUCGCUUCAAUGAGGUGCUUCCUCUUGGGGAGGGAACUUUGACCAUUGCCUUCCAGGGAACUUUGAAUGAUAAGAUGCAUGGGUUCUACAGAAGUGUGUAUGAGCUCAAUGGCGAGAAGAAAAACAUGGCUGUAACACAGUUCGAACCAGCUGACGCAAGGCGCUGCUUCCCUUGUUGGGAUGAGCCCGCUUUCAAGGCUGUGUUCAAAAUUACUCUAGAAGUUCCUUCUGAGACCAUUGCUUUGUCAAAUAUGCCAGUCAUUGAAGAGAAGAUCAAUGGUCCUACCAAAAUAGUCUACUUCCAAGAAUCUCCGAUAAUGUCUACAUACCUAGUGGCUGUUAUUGUUGGCAUUUUUGACUAUGUGGAAGAUUUCACCACAGAUGGAACUAGGGUCCGUGUUUAUACACAAGUUGGUAAGAGUGCGCAGGGGAAGUUUGCUCUAGAGGUUGCCUUGAAGACAUUGGUCCUCUUCAAGGAGUAUUUUGCUGUGCCAUACCCCCUCCCCAAAAUGGACAUGAUUGCUAUUCCGGAUUUUGCAUCUGGAGCCAUGGAGAACUACGGCUUGGUUACAUACCGUGAAACAGCAUUGCUAUUUGAUGAAAGACACUCUGCAGCUGCCAAUAAGCAACGGGUUGCAGUUGUUGUAGCUCAUGAAUUAGCUCAUCAAUGGUUUGGAAAUCUUGUCACAAUGGAGUGGUGGACACAUCUGUGGCUUAAUGAGGGCUUUGCGACUUGGGUGUCUUACUUAGCUGCAGAUCAGUUCUUCCCUGAAUGGAAUGUUUGGACUCAGUUUCUAGAGGAAUCUACAACAGGUUUCCAGUUGGAUGCUCUUGCAGGUUCACAUCCAAUUGAGGUGGACAUAAAUCAUGUUGAUGAAAUAGAUGAGAUAUUUGAUGCUAUAAGCUAUAGGAAAGGAGCUUCUGUCAUUCGGAUGCUGCAAAGCUAUCUUGGGGCUGAGGUCUUUCAGAAAUCUUUGGCCGCAUACAUCAAAAAAUUUGCGUAUUCAAAUGCAAAGACAGAGGACUUAUGGGCUGCCCUUGAAGAGGGGUCUGGUGAACCAGUUAGAACAUUAAUGCAUUCAUGGACAAAACAGCAAGGUUAUCCUGUUGUCAGUGUGAAACUCAAGGAUGGAAAGGUCCAGCUGGAGCAGACACAAUUUCUUUCAAGUGGGUCCACAGGAGCUGGGCAAUGGGUGGUUCCUGUCACACUAUGUUGUUGUGCGUACUCACGCCAAGAGAAGUUCCUUUUUCAUGGGAAACAAGAAGAUUUUGAUUUAUCAGGGUUAGGGCUCACAGAAUGCCAAAAGAAGUGUAGCUUCUGGAUUAAACUUAAUGUCAACCAGACCAGCUUCUAUAGGGUGAGCUAUGAUGAUGAACUUGCAUCCCGACUUCGGUAUGCAAUUGAAACCAACAAAUUGAGUGCAGCAGACAGAUAUGGUGUGCUUGAUGAUGCUUAUGCCCUCUGUAUGGCUGGCAAACAAAAGCUAGUCUCCUUGUUGCAGUUGAUUUCUGUGUACAAGGAUGAGACUGAGUAUACUGUGCUUGCACACGUAAUCACGACGAGUCUGCACGUUGCCGAGAUGAUGGCUGUUGCUGCUCCAGAGGAGUUGGUUAAUCUGAAGAAGUUCCUAAUUGAUUUCCUGGAGCCAUUUGCACUGAAACUUGGCUGGGAUGCUAAGAGUGGUGAGGGCCACCUGAAUGCUUUGUUAAGAGGCACACUAUUAACUGCUCUUGCAGAACUUGGCCAUGAGACUACCAUAAAUGAAGCUGUUCGUCGAUUUAAUGUCUUUCUGGAAGACAGAGAGACACCACUCCUCCCUCCAGAUGUUAGAAAGGCUGCAUAUGUUUCUUUGAUGCAGACAGUGAGCAAAUCGAACAAAACUGGCUACGAAUCACUAUUGAAGAUAUAUAGAGAAACUGAUCUAAGCCAGGAGAAAGUUCGUGUGUUAGGUUCUUUGGCAUCAUGCCCUGACCCUGAUGUUGUCCGUGAAGCAUUGGAUUUCAUAUUGUCACCUGAGGUGAGGAAUCAGGACGCGAUAUUUUUGCUAAGAGGGGUGAGUCCAGGGGCACACGAGGUCGCAUGGCAAUGGCUGAAGGAAAACUGGGACUACAUAUUGGGAGCCUACUCUGGAACUUUGCUCACCUAUUUCGUCAACAUAACCGUCUCGCCACUGGCCACUGAUGAACAUGGUGAUGAGGUGGAGGAGUUCUUCAAGAGUAGAACCAAGGCGAACAUUGCGAGGACUGUGAAGCAGAGCAUCGAGAGAGUAAGGAUCAGUGCCCAAUGGGUCAAGAACAUCAAGGCUGAGGCUGACCUCGGCAGUGUUCUCAAGAAGCUGGCUCACAAGCACUGA